UCCUUAAACGAUUUUGGUGAGAAUGCAUGAGAAGGCUCGGAUCCACGUGUCACUCUGUGAGGGAGUUUAAGAAAAACGGAACAUUUAAUUCUUUGCUUUGUUUCCUUAUUUGGUUCCAUAAGAAGAAACGUAACCCUUUUUUUUUUUCAUUCAUGCGAAACACUUUGAGGAUCCGAGUGCAGCAUAUUGCCAAUGGAUCUGAGUCAUUCUUGCCGUCUUCUGCCAAUGUUUUCAUGCGAAACACUUUGAGGAUUCUUGUGUGUCAUUGCCAAUGGAGCGUAGCUUCGCGCGCAUGGACAAUGAGGUUGUUAGUUGGGGCGAAACCGUGAUGAGCGCUAACUGCAGUUGCGAGCUUCAAACGCCAGAUUGCGACGCUGUCGGAUCCACCGCCGUUGUCUCCGUCGUUACUCCGGAGAAGAUCGUUGUAGCUAACUGCGGCGAUUCCAGAGCAGUUCUCUGUAGGAAUGGAAAACCAGUUCCUCUAUCCACAGAUCACAAGCCGGAUCGUCCUGACAAGUUGGAUCGGAUCCAGGAAGCAGGGGGGAGAGUGAUAUACUGGGAUGGUCCAAGAGUCUUAGGCGUGUUAGCCAUGUCACGAGCCAUAGGUGAUAAUUACUUGAAACCAUACGUGAGUUCGGAGCCGGAAGUUACUGUGACGGACCGGACCGAAGAAGAUGAGUUUCUUAUUCUAGCGAGCGACGGAUUAUGGGACGUGGUGACGAACGAGGCGGCGUGCGCGAUGGUGCACAUGUAUCUUAACAAAAGAGGUGGGGGCCGUGGAAGGCGACGAGAAACUCAGGACGAGUGUAGUGACGGGAAAGAGGAUGAGAAGGUGGUGGUGGGGUCGAGCAAGAGCGGGAAGAAAGGAGAGAUCGCGGACAAAGCAUGCACGGAGGCGUCAGUGUUGUUGACGAAGCUGGCGUUGGCUAAGCAUAGUAGCGACAACGUAAGCGUCGUGGUCGUUGAUCUCAGAAGAAGAAGAAAAAGACAUGUUGCUUGAGCUGACACUAAUCUAUCUCAUUACUCCACCGUUUUUUUUUUUUAAAUAUGAUUCUUUUGUUU